UGCAAGAGCUCUCAAGGAAGAUUUACUUUUAGACUGCCUCUCCUCCGUUUCCGUUCUCUGCCUCUCUCCCUCUGUAGCGGGCACGCGAGUACUUGAAAAGCUAUCCUCUGCUAUCUAUUCCUCGACCACUGCUCUCAGCUGCCUCCUAUCUUUCCUCCCCUUGCGAUCGGAUCAUUUGGCGUACCAGCAAUUGUCUUUAUUGUUUUGGUGUGUUUCAGGUGGUGCCAAGGUAGGUUUUGUGUUUGUUUUUGUGAUCCCCUCCAGCAUAAAAGCCAAGGAGAACAAAAGAUCCAGAUCUUGCAUACUGGGAUCUUACGGACGACAACAAGAAGAGAAACCGAUUCAGGUGAUAUCAACAGGAGACACUUCGACUAUGAACGACGACAUCUCCUGUGUUCCUCCGGGUUUCCGGUUCCACCCCACCGAUGAAGAACUGGUAGGCUACUACCUGAGAAAGAAAGUGGCUGCAAGAAAGAUCGAUUUGGACGUAAUAAAAGACGUCGAUUUAUACAAGAUCGAACCUUGGGAUCUUGAAGAGAUAUGUAAGAUCGGAGCAGAAGAGCAGACUGAGUGGCACUUCUUUAGCCACAAAGACAAGAAGUAUCCGACUGGAACUCGAACGAAUCGAGCAACAGCAGCUGGAUUCUGGAAAGCUACGGGAAGAGACAAGCCGAUCUACUCCGUGCGUCGCUUGAUCGGGAUGAGAAAGACCUUGGUCUAUUACAAGGGUCGAGCACCGAACGGGCAGAAGUCGGAUUGGAUCAUGCAUGAAUACCGGCUGGAGACGAACGAAGAUGGAACUCCACAGGAAGAGGGUUGGGUGGUGUGUAGGGCGUUCAAGAAACGAGUGCCUACUGCAAGAAAAGCGAGUGAUGAAUUGCUGCCAUGGUACGAUGAACAAGCUUCCUUCAUGCAAGACAUCUACUCCCCAAAGAGGACUAUUCCGCAGGCAGACAUAGGAUAUCACCACCAACUCUACCCCCACAAGAGAGAUAUAAAGCUGCAUCACCACUCACCACAUGAAGCUUGUCACCAACUCCCACCAUUGGAGAGCCCUAAGUUCCUCAACUACCUAAAUCAUGAAAGCUCUCUGCAACGAUGCAUCAUCUCAGAGAAUGAAGCUUUGCAACCCGGCCACCGAUUCGGGGAAAUCACGACCUGCAACGACAAUGAAAAUACAAGUCGAGCAUCAGAUCAAAUGACAGAUUGGAGGGUCCUCGACAAGUUCGUCGCGUCUCAGCUUAGCCAUGAUGUUUCAAGAGAGCCUAUUUACUCGGAUGAAGCUAAUAUUCUUCAAGCUCCUGUUGAACAACAAGUUGUUGGAGUGGAGCUUCCGCUGGCAUCAGCUUCAAGCUGCCAAAUCGAUCCAUGGAAAUGAAACGAGAAGAUGAUUAAUGGAAUUAGAAAUAUAUACGUAGCAGGCAGGUCCUCUUGUUUUGCUACAACAGUAUAAAUCAUGUGUGUCAUGAUCAUGGUUUUGUAUGGUAUAUAAGCAACCAUAAGAUUGCAAUGUCGGUGUUAUUCUUGAUAUUGCUGGUUGUUAAUGGUACAAAAAUAUAUCUAGCAAUAUAAAUACCAUGGUAGGCCUCCGGCCAAGAAUUUCUACAGCUCAUCGUUUGGGAUGGAACCUAAUCUCUCCAUUACGACACUGACUGACAUCAUCUAUCUGCUCCUCGUAAUGCGCCUGGCCAAAUUCACUAGCUAACUCGAAAAUAUUACCUCCAUUAAUCGUUUCAUGCAACGAUGAAAACACAUUGCAAAAGUUCAUCAUGAUAAGGUAAACAUUAUUUCACUGUGACAAAUACGAACAAAAACAUGAAUGCUAACUAAAGCUCACGCAAAAGCAAUACAUGAGUGUUACAGAUCAUAUUAACGACAAAAAUAGAACGACCUUAAUGAAUCCAAUAACAUGCACGAUCAAAAAGAGCAUCAUCAUAUCAUCCGCGAACUAGUUAUCAUAAGUUAAUAUACAAUGAUUUCAAGACUCGGUCGAUGUUACAUGUAUCAAUGUGCUGAAGAACUACUGGAAAGUAGGAGUUUGUCGUAGCAAAAUAAUGAUGGUAGCAUGUGAUACC